GCUGUUGUAAUACUCUGUUGGUUACUAGAUUUAUACAGUUGUAUACUAUGGUGUACACGAAUAACAAUCGCUUGUAUGUCAAAUGUUUACAACAAAAAUGAUAGAACAUCCGUGCAAUCACUGGCAUAUUUAUUAAUUGUUUGUAUCUUUAGUUGAUGAGUGUAAAAGGUCAAUAACCUCUCGUUAAUUAGGCAACCACUGGGUUACGUGAAUCUAGGCCAGUUAUUCCAAAAUAAUGAUAUCGUGAUCGUUAUCUUUUUGGCACGAGAUACUAGAAGUUUCACAUUUUGGGUCACUACACUACUCCGUUAUCGCUCAUUAAGCUACCAGAGGCAUUACUAGUAGUAACUGAAUUCAGUAAGAGACAGAGAUGGACCGAUGGCAAGGAAGGGUGGCUAUGGUGACAGGAGCGCGUACCGGGAUCGGAGAGGCGAUUUCCCGGGCUCUCGUUUCCUACGGAGUUCUCGUCGUUGGUUUAGCAAGGAAUGAAGAAAGGCUUAAGGAACUGGAAAAAGAAAUGGCUGGACAAAAGGGUAAAUUUUAUGGAAUCAAGACUGACCUCACCAUUGAAGAAGAAAUUCUUUCAGCGUUUCGUUGGACGGAACAACACGUAGGUGGUAUUGACAUCCUCGUGAACAACGCUGGGGUAUCAACAAGAACACGAGUAUUAGAUGGUGAAAUAAACAUCUGGAGAAACAUGUUCGAGGUGAAUGUGUACGCUGUAGGAAUAUGCACGCGGGAAGCGGUCAAAUCAAUGCGGGCUCGUGGUGUCAAAGACGGCCACAUAGUCAACAUUAACAGCGUAACGGGACAUAUAGUCAGCACGUUACUGAGUCAGUCAGUCUACUCAGCAACCAAACACGCGCUCUCUCUCCUCACCGAAGCGAUGCGCAAGGAGCUAGUCGAAUCCAAUUCUACUAUUAGAGUAUCUAGCGUAAGCCCAGGACGAGUGAUGACAGAAAUGAUCGCUCCCAAGGGCGUGAUCCGCGCCAAGGAUCGAGGCCCUGUCCUUGACUGCCCCUCUGUAGCAGAUGCGGUCAUCUACGUCUUGUCCACCCCACCUAAUGUUCAGAUAUCUGAAGUAAUUGUUCGACCAGUGGGUGAUCUCACGCAUAGGUUUCCCAAACAAAUAUAGAAACGUGAGAAAAUGUACGAGGUGACAACAGAAACUUGUAAAGAUCUAUUAUAUUUCUAAGGUGUAUAUACUUUGUAUUCGGAUAGAGUAAACUUAUAUUAUCUAAUGAAGUAAUGUAAUGUACGUUAUCAUAAAUAUUGAUCGCUCUAAUUAAUUGAAAACAUGAAACUUAAAAAAUACUAAAUGGCUUAUUCAAACCUUUGGCAAAAUUAGUCUUAAUACUGAAUCCAACUUAGCAGGGUAUUAUUUUUAUACUCCUUUUCACAGUUGGCAACAACUAAUAUGUUAUUUUUAAUGGAAAAAAUGCAUUGCGCCGUUACGAGGGAAAAGGCUUAGGCUCUCUAACAGGUUAACGGUUCAAUUUCUGGAAAAUUCAAUAUACAUUAUUAUAAGAGUUUAACUAAAAAAACUUGUAGUAUCCGCAAUUAAAUGCCACUAACGUAGACAAAUCCCCCUUAAAAAUCAAUUUAGCAGCUUGAGAAUUUCUUACAGUUUUUACGAGUUAAUUACCAAGUAGUAGGAAAAAAUAAGUAAGAAACGUAUACACAUUAAGUAUAUCUAAUUUUGUAUUAUAAUUUCUCGGUAUUGUGGUAGUUUAAGUAAGUUAUUUUAUUACUAGAUUUAUAACUUAAUAAGUAUAAUUAUAUAAUCAGCUUAAUGUUUAGUUAUUAUCAUUUAUCCAAUUGUGACUACAUCCUUUGUAAGACUUAUCUGACUCUAACUUGUUGUUCAUUAUUAUCAUAAAUAACAUGUUUAACCUAAAAAAAUUAAAAAUAUAUAAUAUGUUUAAUUAAUUUAAAUAUUAUUUAAAUUUGACCAUAAAUUUGUAAUAUUGAGUGGAUAUUAAUGUAA